GACAGAAAGAAAGGCGGUCGUGCGCGCGAGCGAGCAGAGCGUGGAAAAAGGAAAGGGAAAGGAGAGGAGAGGGGAAAGAGGAGCGCGCGGGAGCGACCGGCAAUGUGCAGGGAAAGGAGAGAGAGGGCAUAUUAGACCGUGAGCAUGAGCAGAGCUCCGGGCCUCAGUUUCGAAAGCUUUCUCAUCUCUUCUUUAACUCUUUCGGCGUCCAAUGCCCUCCUGUCCCUUGCAAUAGAAACCCUGCCAGCUGCUGUCGGGGCUUCUACCUCGGCGUCCUUUGCUGCAGCUGGGAAAAGCAAGACAUUCGCCCUUUGAAAAACCAGUUAGUUGUUUCAGCGGAGCAGACGAGGGAGGAAGUUGUGCGCUAGCAACCAGAGCCAGGAUGUUAUAGGGGUGCAAAAGGAAGAAAGGCGCAAGAUCGCGUUUCUCGGUAGAUCAUAUGCCACUCGAGCUACAAGUUGGGUGUACCUGCAGCCGCUCAGCGCGACUGUUCAGCGCCUGGCCUCUCUAAGCUGACCGCAGCGGCAGCAGCAGCUCUGGACGCGGGUGCGUGCUGAACUCUUCCCUGGCUCUUUGGAUUUGUACCAUGCUCAAGAUCCUUACGAAGAAGCUCAGGAAUCAAAGUUUGAAUGAGAUUCAGCCCUUCCAGUUGAAGAUUUCCUACACACCAAGUGAUGAGGAAGAUAGUGAUGAUUCUGAGGGAGAGAACCAGGAACUUGCUCAAAUUGACAGAGAGAGAAGACGGAAUUGCAACUUGACCCCCCUGGCGACCAAUCAGCUGCAAAAUCAAGAAAAUCAGUGCUGCAAGGUGCGGGCCCAUUUUCCUCCUGGGCUGGACCGCCAUAGCUCUGAAGAGGAGUUGGAAUGUAUCACCCGUGAAUUUGCUGCUGAGAAGCGGAAGUGGUCUCAGGUCAGCAGGCUUGGCUGCUGUAGUGACAGCUGUAAUACCUCCUCCAGUGAUGAGGAAGUGAAGACCUUGUGUGGCAAGUCCUUCCGACCUGUGGUCGAAGCAGUAGAGGGUUUGCGUGCCAGUCCCAGCCCAGUGCUCUUCAGUGCCUCACCUCCCAAGAGACUGCAGUCCUUGGUACGGACCACGACAUCCCGGCCUAUAAUUUUUACGAGCGUCGGAGGCAGCUUUGAGCAAGGGAUGCCAUGCAAACGACACCGACAGGGCUAUGGUGACAAAGUUGGGAGGCCCAGUCUCGAUCUGGAAAAAAUGCAGCAAGUAAGGCUGUGUUGCAUCACGUGAUACUUAUGUUUGGUCAGG